GUUUCAACGUAUUUUAUCUCAAAUGAAUAUAUUAUAUAAUUAUAUAAGUGAUUAUCAUCAUUAUAAUUCAUACCCAAUUUGAUCAUACUGUAUAAUCUGUAUGGAUGCCCAAAUUUUGGAUUCAUGAGCACCAGCGGUAGUUGAAUCCUUUGCUUAUAAAAAAAAAAAAAAAUUGGACAGGACAAUUGUUCCUUCACUUGUAGUCUUCUUCAUUCUUAUACAAUUAUUCGUUCUCACGACUUAUCAGGAAAAUAUGGGUGAUUUACUUUCUGGCGACAAUGACGAACAGUAUUCUUCUCAAGUGAUUGAAGAAGAGGAUCUCUUUCUUGACGACCCUUCGUUUGAUGAAGAAACAGCAGCAUUGUUUGAUCAAGCUGUGGCACAGCACGAUCAAGAGUCUAGUAGUACAGGAGUCGACAACAUGAACAAUCACCAAACUUCACUUCGAAGUCGUCUAGCAGGUGCAUCUGCUCAUAAGGCUGGAUUGGAUUCAUUGGAUAAGGAACGAGUCAAUCAAAUAAUAUAUGAAGCUUCCAAGGGAUCUGCCUUUUUUGAAAAUGAACGCAAGAAAGAUCAAGCUUUAACUAAGAGGAUAGAUGAAAUGCUAUGGAGGUAUGAUCAAAUCAAAGACUUGGACUUAUCUUUUGAAACAAAAAUCGUGGAUCACAAGAUUCGGGAAAUGGAAGAUAGUCGAGAUCUGACUCAAUGUAUUUGUCAUGUGGAUAUGGAUGCCUUCUAUGCUUCAGUUGAAGAAUUGGAUGAUCCUUCAUUGAAAGAUGUACCUAUGGCUGUGGGUGGUAUGUCCAUGUUAUGUACAAGCAAUUACCUGGCACGCAAAUCUGGAGUUCGAAGUGGUAUGCCUGGAUUUAUUGCCAUCAAGUUAUGUCCAUCUUUGAAAUUGAUACCUUUACAUUUUCCAAAAUAUCGGGCUGCUUCUGCAAAAGUAAGAGCGAUCUUUACCAAAUAUGAUCCUGAUUUUUUACCGAUGAGUCUGGAUGAGGCAUAUCUGAAUUUGACAAAGUACCUCAGUACCACUGAUAUGUCACCAGAAGAACUUGUACAGAAAAUAAGAAAUGAAAUAUUUGAAGAAACCAAGUUGACAGCUAGUGCAGGUAUAGCUGCCAAUCGAAUGUUGGCGAAAGUAUGUAGUGAUAUGAAUAAACCGAAUGGACAAUAUUUUUUACCAAUGGAAAAAGACGCCAUCAUGAACUUUACGAAAACACUCGCAAUACGAAAAGUUUCUGGUGUUGGUCGUGUCACUGAACGAGUGUUGGAAGCUUUGGAUGUCAAGACAUGUGGAGAUAUAUAUCAUCGACGAGCUCUACUUUAUAAACUCCUUAGUCCUAUCAGUUUCAAAUUUAUGCUACGAUGUUAUCUAGGAAUAGGAUCUUCAAAUUUACAUCUGGAAUCAGCUCGAAAAAGUAUGAGUGUAGAAAGAACGUUCUCACCAAUAUCCGAUCGUGUAGCAUUAUUUAGAAAAGUGGAUGAAUUGUCUGAUUUAUUGGCAAAAGAUUUGGCAAAAGAUGGAUUACGAGGAAAAACGGUGGGCAUCAAAUUGAAAUUGACAUCGUUCACUGUACGUGUCCGAUCAAAGACAUUUCCUGGUUAUAUCAGUAAUAGUAAGGACAUCGCAAGGAUUGCAAAAGAGCUAGUGGAGAAAGAAUUGCCAGUGGAUAUCAGAUUGAUGGGUAUCCGAAUGUCAUCCUUACAACCUCAGACAAAUGAAGAUCAUGGUAUGAAGAAGUAUUUUACAACAGCCAAUACAAGUAAAAAGAGGAUACCAGCAAAAAGGGAACAUUCUGAUGAUACACAACAAACAAUAUCAACGAUGAUUCAACUUAUCUGCCCUAUUUGCAAUCGAUUACAACAACACAUGGAUAAUCAUCAAUUCAAUCAUCAUGUAGACGAAUGUUUGACCAAGAUGGAAGUAAGAUCGAUUUUACAGGAACAACUGGAUGAUGACAUGGAUAAUAAUAAUAGAAAGAAACGAUUAACAUCAACCUCUAAACGACGGAACAAUGACAACAACGAUACGAAGUCUUUAUUAGAUUAUUAUUAUACAACAUCUUCUUAGAUUGCAUUUGUUGAACGGGAAAAUUCAAUAAAGAAAUAAAGUUUUAACUGAAUCAAUGAUUGGCUUUCAAUGACAUCCUUCUUUUCUCCGAUUUGGUAGUAAAAGCGUGGGGGACCCCAACUUUUUUUUUUUUUUUUUUUUUUUU